AUGAGCCGUCGCUCCCGCGGCCUUCGGGACGCUUGGAGACUAGUAGACUCCUGCAUCGCGCAGACCGGGCGCCAUGACGGGCGAGCACUGCACGUCCUGCCACGGCUCGCUCCGCCCGCAGCGACAGACGAGUCCCACCGUCAGGCGCCUACCCUCAGCACCACUGAGUGCAACAGACGCACGGCACCGGGCUGCAGCGGCCCGUGCGCCCUGCAAUACGCGCCACCCUUUCCCUCAGGCUGGCACACAACACUCCCAGGCCGGUCCGUCUCCUCCCGCCACGGCCCGGCGUCGCCCGCGCGCCGCGAUGCGGCCCCGAGCGGCUCGGCCACGCCGUGGGGGCCCAGGCGGGCCGCGGCCACGUCAGCCGGGGUCGCUGCGAGCCGCCACAGCACGUUGCGUCUGCCUGGCUCCUUCGACAUCGUUGCGUUUCCGGUCGGAUACGCGCUCGACACGGAGGCCUUCCUACAGGACGAGAUGCGGCGGCUGUACCUGCGGCACUGGAAGGUGCGGUACUUCAAGGAGGGCAUGCUGUUCGAGCACGUCGGCGACGACCCGUCGAUAGCCUCGGGGUCGGCCAACCCCGCAGGCGUGGCGCUGCACGGGAGCCCGGAGCCCGCUGCGCCGGGCCGCGACGCCCCGACCGACAGCUUCGUGUUCGCGCUGAACUUCGGCGUCGCGGUCUUCUUCAACCUCACGCCGUCCGAGGUCUCGGACUGGAUGUCCUCCCUGACGCGGCACGCCGACAAGUCGCUCCUGGGCACCGCCGACGUGACCCGCUCGCUGCCCGGCCGCGUCGUCGACUUCAUGACCGACGCAGCGCGGCGCACCACCGCGUCCCUCUGGCGGCCGUGGGGGGGGAGUCAAACAACCACCGUGGCGCGCAGCGACCACAGCGCGGCCGGCCCCGGCGCCCUCGCUCCCGGGGACACCCGGGAUCACCCCACGCAGGACUACCCGGGCGUCGAGAUCCCAGCGGGCUACCCGCGCGGGCAGCGCGCGUCGGGGCUGCGCGCCAUGGAGCUUGGCGUGCUUUCUGAAAUAUCGAUUCCCGAUCGCGGAAGCGUGCAUCCGUGGCGGGGCGACGGCGACCGCGACGGCCUCCGCACGUUCGGCGCCGGGAACUUCGAGGCGCAUCCGUACGCGGCCGCCGCGGGCGGCCACCUCUGGGAAAGCUACACCGCCGUACUGCGGCCAAAGGCGCUGCACGAGUCGACGCAGGGCGCGAUCCGCGACAACGUGCUGCAGCUGCGCGGCCUCGACACGGACACUGUGCGCGUCGUCGGCCUCGCGAUCGGGCAGAGUGUCGCCAUGGAUCAUUACUCCCGGGAGAUCGACGCGCGGCUCCGGCGGUUCGAGCAGGUGAACCGCGAAGUGGCGCACCGCGGGAGGACGCUGCACAACGACUCGGACAUGCUGCGCAUGCUCGCGAACGCGAAUCUGCUCACGCUCGGCAUCGUGUCCCAGAUCGGGAUCCUGGACAGGCUCGACCCCGCGUGGCGCGAGGAGCGGUACGACCACCUGUGGCACAGCAUGCGGCGGGACCUGGAGAUGAAGGAACGACUCAGCGCGAUGCGGCAGAAGAUGCACAUUGUGGAGGAGAACGCCAAGCAUCUGAUUCAGAUCAGCGCGCAGCGCACGACGAACCUGGCGGAGAUCGCGAUCGUGGUGCUGAUCAUGGCGGAGCUGGUGAUGGGGAGCGUGGACAUUUGGCUGAACCACGCGGACGUCGUGCGCGGGUGGGGGGACGCGGUGCGGUCAGUGGCGCGGCAGUGGCGCGGGGGCGAGGGGGCCGCGGACGGCGGGGAGCCGGGGGACCUCGUCGAGUCCCCCAGGGCUGUCUAG